AUGUUGGACCAGUCACACUGUUGUACCUGUCACAUUGCUGUACCAGUGCUGUACCAGUCACACUGUUGUACCAGUCACACUGUUGUACCAGUCACACUGUUGUACCAGUCACUCUGUUGUACCAGUCACACUGUUGGACCAGUCACACUGUUGUGCCAGUCACACUGUUGUGCCAGUCACACUGUUGUGCCAGUCACACUGUUGUACCAGUCACACUGUUGUACCAGUCACACUGUUGUACCAGUCACACUGUUGUACCAGUCACUCUGUUGUACCAGUCACACUGUUGGACCAGUAACACUGUUGUGCCAGUCACACUGUUGUGCCAGUCACACUGUUGUGCCAGUCACACUGUUGUGCCAGUCACACUGUUGUGCCAGUCGCACUGUUGUUCCAGUCGCACUGUUGUGCCAGUCACACUGUUGUACCAGUCGCACUGUUGUGCCAGUCACACUGUUGUACCAGUCGCACUGUUGUGCCAGUCACUCUGUUGUACCAGUCACACUGUUGUACCAGUCACACUGUUGUACCAGUCGCACUGUUGUGCCAGUCACUCUGUUGUACCAGUCACACUGUUGUGCCAGUCGCACUGUUGUGCCAGUCACACUGUUGUACCAGUCACACUGUUGGACCAGUCACACUGUUGUACCAGUCACACUGUUGUGCCAGUCACACUGUUGUACCAGUCACACUGUUGUACCAGUCACACUGUUGUACCAGUCACACUGUUGGACCAGUCGCACUGUUGUGCCAGUCGCACUGUUGUGCCAGUCGCACUGUUGUGCCAGUCACACUGUUGUACCAGUCACACUGUUGUACCAGUCACACUGUUGUACCAGUCACACUGUUGUACCUGACUGGUUCAUUAUCAGUAGCUGCAUAUACCAAGGGUGUGAAGUUGAUGCAAUUAGACGGUGUUUGACAUCUGGAUUCUUCAGCAAUGCAGCCAGACUGGACUAUACCGGUGUAUACAGGACAGUUAGGGACAACCAUAUCCUACAUAUACACCCCAUGUCUGUCCUCUAUGUGGAGAAACCACCCCCAUGGGUGAUCUAUAAUGAAGUCGUUCAAACGUCUAAAGAGUUCAUGCGAGAUGUUACAGUAAUAGAUCCAGCCUGGUUGUAUGAGCUAGCACCCCAUUACUACCAAUUUGGAACAGUCCUAAUGGUGUCCCUCUUUGCCUACCUCAACUUCAAACAGGUCCUAAUGGUGUCCUUCUUUGCCUACCUCAACUUCAAACAGGUCCUAAUGGUGUCCCUCUUUGCCUACCUUAAAUUGAAACAGGUCCUAAUGGUGUCCCUCUUUGCCUUCCUCAACUUCAAACAGGUCCUAAUGGUGUCCCUCUUUGCCUACCUCAACUUCAAACAGGUCCUAAUGGUGUCCCUCUUUGCCUACCUCAACUUCAAACAGGUCCUAAUGGUGUCCCUCUUUGCCUACCUCAACUUCAAACAGGUCCUAAUGGUGUCCUUCUUUGGCUACCUCAACUUCAAACAUGUCCUAAUGGUGUCCCUCUUUGCCUACCUUAAAUUGAAACAGGUCCCAAUGGUGUCCCUCUUUGCCUUCCUCAACUUCAAACAGGUCCUAAUGGUGUCCCUUUUUGCCUUCCUCAACUUCAAACAGGUCCUAAUGGUGUCCCUCUUUGCCUACCUCAACUUCAAACAGGUCCUAAUGGUGUCCCUCUUUGCCUACCUCAACUUCAAACAGGUCCUAAUGGUGUCCUUCUUUGCCUACCUUAACUUCAAACAGGUCCUAAUGGUGUCCCUCUUUGCCAACUCAACUUCAAACAGGUCCUACUGGUGUCCUUCUUUGCCUACCUUAACUUCAAACAGGUCCAAAUGGUGUCCUUCUUUGCCUACCUUAACUUGA